UAAUUUUAUAACAAUUUGUGAGUCAUAUAGUUUAUUUAUAAACUCAAGGAUUUUGGGGAUCAAAGUCAAUAUUGUAUUGGUAUAUAUCUAAAACCGACCUUGUUCAUAAGGAUCAGACUUGAUCGAACACAAACCCUCUAAACACCUUCAUUAUUUGGCAUCAAGCUCUGGAUUAGAAAUAACAGCUUCCACCUACAUUUAGCUUUUCUCUUUUCUUUCAUCGUUUUUUUCAUGGAUAUUCAUGGAAAACAACCGACCUUUGGCCUGGAGAAAGAGGAAAAAAUCAUUUAAAGAGUAGCAAAAGGGUCUGAUGAUCUCUUCUUCUCUGUGCUAUUCAUCCUAUUUUUUUACUUAUAUGGAUUGUUAUUUUGCCUGAAUGAAUGAUUGUUAUAUAGAACAUUAUGGUUUCAUUGAACCAAGAAUCGAUCACUCAUCAAUACAAAAAGCCGAACAAGAUUCUUCCUGAUAAUCAAUGGAAUCCUAAGAUAAUACCAUCUAUCCCAUUGAGCAUGUCAACGUUUAUUCCUGUCUAUGUAGACCAUAUUCCGCCACAUCUGAGAGUACACAUAACACAUAUUGUAGCCCAAAACUCAUUGCUAUUUACAGUACCUUUUAAGCUUACCAAGAACAAUGUUUCUCAGCUUUAUCUGGUUGACUGGAUCAAGGAGAUGAUGGUGAAAUCACAUGAUAGUAUAUGUUAUUGAUCCUAUCUUCCCGGAGUUUCCAACGUUGAAGGAACUAAAACGGAUUUGUUUUUCCUUCAAAGAUUGCUUCAAAAUCAAAAGUCAAAAAAGAGAAAAACCUCAAAUCAAACCAACAUUUUAAGAAAAAAGGGUUUAGUUUCAAUUACCGGUAUAAGAGAAACCAUACCAUUAAACCGGUAAUAUAUAAUUGGCCCAAAGUGGUUCUACGACACUUCACCAAUCACCAUCAAGCUCCUUCUCUGUCUCUCUCUGAUUAUACAAACAUCUUGGGAGGGAUCUGAUUUAGAUAUGAAUUGGGUUCAACGCAAAAUCUACCUUUACAACGUCACAUUUGGGCUUUACAUGCUUGAUUGGUGGGAACGAUACCUUUUCAAUUCUUUGGUUGUAAUCCUGAUGUGGUUUAUUCUGUACAAUGGAUCUCGCUACUUCUCAGAGCUUUGCAAGAGACAUCUUUCUUGAAACCAGGUCAUAGUUAUCAAUGCCAUGGAAGCAUGAAAACGACAUGGUCGUCUGAGACCUGUGCCAACAAAAACUCAUUUGUUCUGCUUUUUCUUAACCUGCUUCUUUGGUAUCAUGUCUGAUCAUGCAACUGCCAUAUAUGUCUUUCUUUUAUCACUUGUUUUGAAUUUUCUUUUGUUCAAUUCCACUUCCGGUUCAUAUUCCAAUUACAUUC